AUGUCAUGCACAAUCAUCGAGGAGUUUUUCAACCACACCUGGAAAGCCAGACACAACCAGUCGAUGCCAGAUCACAGCCUGACUCUCUUGUGGUCGCUCUCCGUCAGCAUUAAAGACUUUGGAGCCUUGCUGGGCUCGCUGGGAGUCAAAUACCUGGCAGAUUCUUAUGGAAGACGUAACUCCAUCCUCAUAGUGAACUGUCUCUCUGUGGUGGGAGCGUGUCUGAUGUCUGCUUCCAAAACCAGCAAGUCGUUUGAAGUUCUCAUCCUGGGACGGUUGGUGUUUGGUCUGUUCUGCGGCCUGGUGAUGAGUCUUAAUCCGCUCUACAUCCAGGAAGUGUCCCCCACAAACCUGAGAGGGGCCUUUGCUACGCUCAACCAGGUGUCCUUUGCCACAGGCAUCCUGGUUGGAAUGGUGGCUGGUCUUGAGACAGUCUUGGGUACAGAGCAUUACUGGGCCAUGAUGCUGUCCCUGUCUCUUAUCCCGGCUCUGACACAGUACCUGGUCCUGCCUUUCUGCCCUGAGAGCCCUCGCUACCUGCUGAUCAACCAGGGAGAGGAGAGCAGAGCAGAGGCUGCCCUGCUGAGGCUGAGAGGCAGCGCAGACAAGGUGUUCACUGAGCUGGAAGAGAUGAAAGAAGAGGCUGCCCGUACUCAGAGCGGAGUCACUAUCCACGAGUUCUUCAAGAAGCGCCGCUACAAGCAGCCAAUCAUCAUCGUCCUCAUCAUAAACUUGGGCAGCCAGCUGUCCGGAUUCAACGCGAUCAUUAAUUAUUCCACCCGAAUGUUCCAGGCCAAGUUUGACGAGGCCAAAUACCUGACUCUGGGCGUGGGGGCUGUCAAUGUGACCUUCACUUUGGUGGCAUUUUUCCUGAUGGAAAGGGCAGGAAGGAGGAGGUUGCUCCUGACUGGUUUCAUCUCCAUCGCAGUGUGCAAUUUACUCAUGACCAUAGUCGAUUCUGUCCUGCACCUGGUCCCAGAGCUGAGGAGCCUGCAAGUCCUUCUGGUUUUCUGCCUGAUUUCAGCCUACGAGCUUGGUCCUGGUCCUAUCUCCUGGUUCAUUGCUGCUGAACUGUUCGACCAGCCUGGCAGACCUAUCGCCAUGGCCUUCACCAGCAUGCUCAACUGGGGAGGGAAGUUUGUUCUGGCACUCCUCUUCCCUCCACUACUGAAAGUCUGCGGUGCGUAUGUCUACCUCCUCUUCAUGAUCGUGGCUCUGGUCGCCUUCACCUUCACCUGGAUUCGCCUCCCGGAGACAAAAGGUCGCACAUUUGAUGACAUUGCAGAGUUGUUCAGAGGAGCAGAUGAAAUUCCUCUGCACAAUAAGAUGGGAUUCAACACUUUCACCUGACCGACCUUUCAACCCUUUCUGAAUCCGGCUGUGUUCAUACUGUUAAACGAGUCAGUUCAUCCAAUUCAACUAUAUGUUUUACCAAAUAAUAGGAUCAUAGUAGGUAACAGUUUGGCUUUUAUUUGUGGAAAUUUAGAAUUAGAGUUUGUGUUGCUCACAGCGCUGGAAAAAAUGACUUCUGGAAAAAAAAAAUCCUGCAAUGGUUCUUUUAAUAAACAAUAUCCUGGUUACUGAAAAUAAUCCAUAAAUCUCACUGUCAACAGUUUUUGUUAAACAGAAUCCUGCUAAACAAAUAAAUCUGCGAGUAACCACAAUAUUAUUCCUGGAAAGACAUUUUCAAAAACUCAGGAGAACCAGAAAUUAAAUUCCAUGCAAUAAUUUGGUUGAACUGACCCUUUAACCUUUCUAAUGUUCAUGGCCAAAGGACAAACUGAGUCAAACAGACUGUAUGUCUUGAAGAAACUGGCACUGCCUCGGUUUGGUUUUCUAACAAUGUUGUUCCGAUUAUGAGAACUGAAUUAUGUAAACUGAAUAUUUAUACUGCAUGUUUUGAGGCAUUUUGUAACCAUUGUUUUGUUAUUUUGUAAAGAGAGACAGAGAGGAUGCUUCAAAAAGAAGAAAGAGACUGAGGGGAACUCAAUUUCCAGGUUUUUAGAGGUCAGCUGAACUAUUUUAAGGAGCAAUAUGAUGCACUGGGAUGCAGACCAGAAGUCAUUGAAAACUUUCAUUUUAUUAUCGUUCAGCUGAAAGUGGAUUUUGGAGACCUGAUGAGAAUGUAAUUUAUAUGAGUAAACAUACUGUUAUGGGUCCAGUGUGUAACAUUUAGAAGGAUCUAUUGGUUUUCAUCAGUGUCUAGAAACAUUACGCUCUUACAAUGAGCAGUUUAUCUACAGGGCGUUUUUAUGUUUUCCCUCUACAUACUUGGAAGUGGAGGGUGAGGCGAGGGAGUUUCAAUAUGCAGCGUUACCUGUAGAGGCCACACACUGGACCUUUAAGUCAUGUGGGUGAAGAUGUUUAGUGACUUUAAAUAAAAGUCAAUUCUCUUUAAUUAAUGUUAACAGAUUUUAUCAGACUGAUCAAUUAAUUCAAAAAUCUUGUUAUCACGUAUCAAAGCUUGAUUACAUGAAACAUUACGUGUAAUGUUUCAUGUAAUCUGCUGAUCCUGAUCCCCGCUCGGACCGGUCGCACCAACCAACAGUCUUUUAUUGAAUUUGAGUUUCUUGUUGCACAGACGCCGCAGCAGCCUUCCUGUUCAUUAUUGGUCCGUGAAAUCUCACAUAUCUCUGAACUGUGUACACUUGUAAGAUGUCUGUGAAAACCAACCACAGCUGUGUGAAUAAAUAUUUCAUCCGAUAUGAUCCACUGUGACUUGCUGAAACCGCAGAAGGAAGAGGAGCCAAGAGAUCAGAGGACAAGUUUGGGUUUUGAGACACCAGGGAGCGGAAUUAAAUUUAUAUGUAAAUUACUGUUCGGGUUCAUUCGAAUUCAAUCCUAAUAAGUCUGGCACACAGUCUUGGUCUGAACUCUUCUAAAGGAUGUUUUAUCAUCACUGAUUGGCUGUCUUCAAGAUGGGAAACAUAUGAGAUACAAAUAUGCAAAGUCUACGGAGAUCAUGACAUCCAACACUGACCAUGUUGACUGCUUUUUCUAUAUCAAGGGGCCAUUCAACAGUAAAAAUAGAAAUCUGUCUGAGUUCUCUGCAAAAGUAUUUAAACAGUGCCAUCUACUGGAGCAAGCUGUAGACAAUCAUGUAGUACAGAAAGAAUGUUCUUAAAGGGAU